AUGUCUGUACUACUGGACUAUGAGAAAAACAUUCUCCUUGACGUCAAUGAAGACAGCUGUAUGCUCGUUUGUGCAGAGGGACUUGAUCUCGACACCAUAAUAUAUACACUUAUUAAGCUGCACAAUGAUCCGCAUAACUUGGUGUUGAUAUCAAAUUAUUCUCUCCCAGAAGCCAAGUAUAUCAAGGCUAAAUUCGUGCUUGAAAACGAAGCAUACGACCCUUUUAUAAUCACGGCAGAUGUUAACACUCAGGAGCGCCUUGAAGCCUACCGCCGUGGUGGUGUUGUUUUUGUCAGUUCUCGAAUUCUUGUUGUGGAUUUACUUCGGGGAACAAUGCCUGUUGAACUCGUUACUGGGGUGCUUGUUUUGCGGUGUCAUAAUCUUCAUGAGGCUAGUCAGGAGUCCUUUGUGCUUCGGUUGCUACGGGAAAAGAAUCCACAAAUUUUUAUAAAGGCAUUUACGGAUAACGCCAUUGCUUUGAUGUCUGGUUAUAACCGAGUCGAACAACUUAUGAAUCAGUUUGGUAUUUCAAGGCUUCUACUUUGGCCGAGGUUUAAUUUGGAUGUGGUCAACACAUUGUCGAAUUGUCCUUUAAACGUCGAAGAAGUUCAGGUCUUUUUGACGGAGGAAAGUUCCACUUGUCAACGGUGUCUUUUGGAGAUGAUUAAAGCUACUCUUCAUGAACUGGUAGAUAUCAAUCCCAUCCUAAAUAACGAUGAAUUUUCUCUUGAAUCAGCUUUGACCAAUUCAUUUCAUCAACUGACUAGUUUAUAUAUUGAUCCCAUUUGGCACCAUUUAACGCAAACUAGUCACCGUCUUUUGGCUGACGUUGCUGGCUUGAGGCGUCUUCUUUUCCUGCUUAUUGACUCUGAUGCAAUUACCUUUUUGGAUGCUUUGGAAGACCUUCGUCAAGCUGAACUUUCAUCGCUUCGAAUGAGCAAUUCGGCUCAAAUUUCAUCUCUUCGGAGGGGUGGAAAUUGUGCUAAUUGGCUCCUUAUGAGUCAGGCCGAACAACUGCUAUCUGUGGCCCGAAGCCGGGUGUACAAAAACUACGAAAAAAGAACCUAUGCAGUAGAAGUGCCACCGAAACUAGCAGCAAUCAAAGCAGUUCUAGACGACGUGGUCCUCAAGAUUGUAGACGAUCAGCAGUGGAAAUGUCCCGUUCUUGUUCUUCUUAGGCAUGCGCGAAGUGUUGAAAUCCUCGAAUUCUACGUACGUCAUGGAAAAGUGAAGUUACAAGAUUGGUUGGUACAGGGAAGGUCGGCUUAUGAACACCCGUCAGAAGCGUUCGAAACGGAACCUCCUACAAAAAAUAAUCGACCAGAAAUUUAUAGUGAACCCACAGUGUCUGCAUAUUUUCGUCGAGGUAGAAGCGGAUCAAAGCAGAUUAUUGCCUGCACCGGGGCUCCGUGCAUGCCUGAUAAGCGUUUCAAAUCCACUGAACCCGAUAUUUCUUUAAAGCCGCAAUCUUCAAGACUGCCGGAAGAGCCAAAAGCGGCAGAGGUGGUGGAUCUGGGAGAUUCGGCUCUGGAUUUACCAGCUGGAUGCUCUGCGGUUACCUUUACUACUUCGGAAGGAAAGGAACUUCAGGUAAUUCUUCGUGUUCCACCACCAGGGUGUGGGGAGGAAGGAGCACUGAUGUCAACGGAUAGUAGAAGCCUAGAUGGACCAGCUGGACGACUAGGAGCAGUGUUGGCGCGUCUACGACCACGUAAUGUAAUUUUCUUCGAGCCUCGCGUGUCGUGGAUUCGGGAGGUGGAGGUCUAUGCCGCUAAGGAAGCCAGACGUCGAACUUGUGAAAGUCUGGAUUCACAUCCUGUCAAUGUUUACUUCAUGGUAUAUAAGGAUUCUGUAGAGGAACAACGAUAUCUUACGCGACUUAGGCGGGAGAAAGAGGCCUUUGAAAGCUUAAUCACCUUACGUGCCUCCGCUGUGGUGAAGAAAGUGGAACCGUCCAUAUCCGUCCCCUCUGUUGGAGCUGAAGCUGAAAAUCCUUCGGAAUCUGCCCCGGCACCAACUGUGUUUGUAGAUGUCCGUGAAUUUCGAAGCCAGCUACCGGCUCUUCUACAUCGAAAAGGUUUGAGAGUAACUCCCAUAACUUUGACAAUCGGAGAUUAUAUUUUGGCACCGCACAUUUGUGUGGAACGGAAAUCGGUCGCUGACUUGAUCGGUUCGUUGAACUCAGGUCGUUUGUUUCAGCAGUGCACUGCAAUGUCCAGACACUACUUAAAUCCGAUUCUACUAAUUGAGUUCUCGAUGCCUGCCAACGGUGUUGCUUACAAGCCGCCGCGAUUUCAAAACACCGCUUCUCCUGCCAUGGCUGGGUCUUUUGCCCUAUUCACGGGUCGAAAUGCUGUGGUGGCGGCUGACGCAAGAACGGAUUUGGACCCACACCAUCUGCUGCCGCGUCUAGUUCUCCUUCUACUCCAUUUUCCACGCUUACGUGUGCUCUGGAGUGUUACACCAUAUUGCACAGCGGAGUUGUUCGCAGAGCUAAAGGUGGGACGAGCAGAACCCACCUUGGAGCAACUGCCCCGAGACAGCGAUGGACUGGGUGAGGAGAAUGCUGAGGCUGUAGAAAUGCUCCUAAGACUACCAGGCAUUUCUUGGCGUAAUUAUCAACGUGUGAUGGCACAUAUCGACUCGAUUGCCGACCUUGCAGGUUUUAGCUUGGAACGCCUCACUGAUAUUCUGGAAAACAGGUUCGCUUGUAGGACCUUAUUCACUUCAUGCCUCUGUUUGAUCUUAAACACAUUUGUACUUAUAAUGAACGAUAACUGUGCUCAGAAGUUGUACGACUUUCUGCACUCCAAAUGGACACCACCGCCGCCGACUUCUUCCGACACAGUCACGGACUUGCUAGCUGCCACUAUGGAGGGCAAACGGCCUCGCUUUGAUCUUGCUGCUCGCGUCAAGACUCGUGUCAAACGGAAGUAG